AUGCAGAAGGAAGCCGGCAGCUCGGGCAAGCCCUUGUGCUCCCCUACCCCAGGCACACCAGCGCUGGCAGCCCGGGAUCUCGCUGCGAUACAGGACUCUCCUGUGGGCCCAGGGCUCUCGCUCUCCCAGCUGGCGGCCUCCCCACAGUCUCUGGCCUCACAAAGCUCUUUCAAGCCUCCUCCUCAGCCCCUGGAUGGCUCUCAGUCCCCAGAGGGUCCCCAGCUCCAAGCAGGAUCUGUAUUAGAGAGCAGGAUCUCUCAUCUGGAAGCUGACCUGAGCCAGCCGCCCUCCUCGGUGCAGGGGAUGCCCACUGUGGAACACCUACAGGAACUUCCCUUCACUCCUUUGCAUGCCCCCAUUGUGGUGGGAGCCCAGACCAGGAGCUCCAGAAGCCAGCUCUCCAGAGCUGCCAUGGUCCUCCUGCAGUCUUCCGGCUUCCCUGAGAUCCUUGAUGCCAGGCAGCAGCCGGCGGAGGCCGUCAAUCCCAUGGAUCCUGUUAGGUUCAACCCUCAGAAGGAGGAGUCGGACUGCCUUCUAGGGAAUGAGAUCGUGCUGCAGUUUCUUGCCUUCAGCAGAGCGGCCCAGGACUGCCCGGGAGCGCCGUGGCCACAGACUGUGUAUUUCACCUUCCAGUUCUACCGUUUCCCACCCGAGACCACGCCACGCCUGCAGCUGGUCAAGCUGGAUGGGACAGGCAAGAACGGCUCUGCCUCCUUGUCUCACAUCCUGGUCCGCAUCAAUAAAGAUGGCUCCUUUGACGCUGGCUCCCCUGGCUUCCAGCUGAGGUACAUGGUGGAUCCUGGGUUCCUGAAGCCAGGAGAGCAGCGCUGGUUCGCCCAGUACCUGGCUGCUCAGACGCUGCAAGUCGACGUCUGGGAUGGAGACUCCUUGCUCCUCAUUGGGUCUGCCGGCAUCCAGAUGAAGCACCUCCUCCGCCAAGGGCGGCCAGCUGUUCAGGUCUCACAUGAACUGGAGGUCGUGGCCACUGAGUACGAACAGGAAAUGAUGGCGGUGAGCGGCGAUGUGGCGGGCUUCGGCAGCGUCAAGCCCAUCGGAGUCCACACGGUCGUGAAGGGCCGGCUGCACCUGACCUUGGCCAACGUGGGUCACGCGUGUGAACCGAGAGCAAGAGGUUCCAACGCGCUGCCACCAUCCAGGUCCCGGGUCAUCUCAAAUAAUGGAGCCAGCUUCUUCUCUGGGGGAAGCCUCCUCAUACCAGGAGGCCCCAAGCGAAAGCGUGUGGUUCAAGCCCAGAAGCUGGCUGAUGUGGACAGCGAGCUGGCCGCCAUGCUGCUGACCCACACUCGAGCUGGCCAGGGGCCCCAGGCUGUGGGCCAGGAGGCAGACGCUGUGCACAGGCGCAAGCUGGAAAGGAUGCGGCUGGUGCGCCUGCAGGAGGCCGGAGGGGACUCUGACAGUCGCAGGAUCAGCGUGCUGGCCCAACACAGUGUCCGUGCACAGCACUCACGGGACCUGCAGGUCAUCGAUGCCUACCGGGAACGGACCAAGGCUGAGAACAUCGCCAGCGUGUUGAGCCAGGCCAUCACCACACACCACACACUGUAUGCCACGCUGGGCACGGCUGAGUUCUUCGAGUUUGCACUUAAAAACCCACACAACACUCAGCACACGGUGGCCAUCGAGAUUGACAGCCCAGAGCUCAGCAUCAUCCUGGACAGCCAGGAGUGGAGGUACUUCAAGGAGGCCACUGGCCUGCUCACACCCCUGGAGGAGGACAUGUUCCACCUGCGUGGGAGCCUGGCACCCCAGCUCUACCUGCGGCCCCGGGAGACUGCCCACAUCCCCUUCAAGUUCCAGAACUUCUCUGUGGGCCCAUCUGCUCCGACACAGGCCCCUGCAGAGGUGAUCUCAGAGAAGGAUGCAGAGUCUGGACCCCAUUGGAAGUCCAGCGCCAUGCCUACCAAACACGCCAAGGUCCUUUUCCGGGUGGAGACCGGCCAGCUCAUUGCUGUGCUCUGCCUGACCGUGGAGCCCCAGCCCCACGUGGUGGACCAGGUUUUCCGUUUCUACCACCCAGAACUCACCUUUCUGAAGAAGGCCAUCCGCCUGCCGCCCUGGCACACGCUUCCAGGUGCUCCCGUGGGGAUGCCUGGCGAGGACCCCCCAGUCCAUGUUCGAUGCAGCGACCCCAAUGUCAUCUGCGAGGCCCAGAACGUGGGCCCCGGUGAGCCGAGGGACGUGUUCCUUAAGGUGGCCAGCGGUUCAAGCCCGGAGAUCAAAGACUUCUUUGUCGUCAUCUAUGCGGAUCGCUGGCUGGCGGUGCCCGUGCAGACAUGGCAGGUCUGCCUCCACUCCCUGCAGCGCGUGGAUGUCUCCUGUGUCGCAGGGCAGAUGACCCGUCUGUCCCUUGUCCUAAGGGGGACGCAGACCGUUAGGAAAGUGAGAGCUUUCACCUCCCACCCUCAGGAGCUGAAGACAGACCCCGCUGGUGUCUUUGUGUUACCACCUCACGGGGUGCAGGACCUGCACGUGGGCGUGAGGCCGAGGAGGGCAGGCAGCCGCUUCAUCCAUCUCAACCUGGUGGACGUCGACUACCACCAGCUGGUCGCGUCCUGGCUCGUGUGCCUGUCCUGCCACCAGCCCCUCAUUUCCAAGGCCUUUGAGAUCACCAUGGCAGCAGGCGAAGGGAAGGGUGCCAACAAACGGAUCACCUACACCAACCCCUACCCUUCUCGGAGGACCUACCGUCUGUAUAGUGACCGGCCAGACCUGCUGCAUUUCAAGGAGGACUCCUUCCAGGUGGCCGGAGGGGAGACCUACACCAUCGGGCUACGGUUCUUGCCGAGUGGCAGCGCCGGGCAGGUGGAGAUCCUGAUCUACAUCAAUGACCAGGACGACAAGAAUGAAGAGACGUUCUGUGUGAAGGUCCUCUACCAGUGAGGGGACGGCUGUGAGGCCAGCGCCCCUUCCAGAGUGCCCCUCCCUGCAGACAUCACUGUGACUCCAGGACUGGCCUGCGUAGCCCAUGGAGCUGACUGAGUGCAGGGAGACAAAGGCUACCCUCGCCAUGGUGUAGCGUAAUCCCGUGAGCGAAUGUGACCUCCGGGGUCAUGGCAGUGGCUCACUCUGCCUGAAGGCUGUGUCACACCCCACGACUGUCACCGUCUAGAACAAACUGCGUUUUAUAAAUCAUUUCCAAUGACAAAAUUAUGUUUUUCUUACUAGAUUUUUAAAAAAUGAACACAAUAUAUUUUCAUUUGCUAUGUAUUUUAUACUGGAAUUCCCUUGUAUAUAUUUUUUUUAAGUUAUUGAAUGAAGCACCUCACUUCCGC